GAGGCUGCGAGAGCUGCUCGGGCCACCUGCUGGCGAGGGCGGCUGGCACCGGGUCGGCGUGGCGCUGACGGAGGGGGCGGCGCUGCCGCUGGUGGAGCUGGCGGUGCUGCUCGCAGCGGCGGCCGUGGUGCCCCUGGACCCCGAGGAGCCCCCGGCGCGUCUGCACCACCUCGCGGACGACGCGUCGCUGUCGGCGGUGGUGGUCGAGGACGCGCCCCGGGCCGCCGGUCUGCGGGCCGCCCUGGGCGAGCGCGUCCGCGCCGUCACCGCGCCCGAGCUGCUGCCCUCGAGCGCGUGCCUCCGCAGCGUGGAGGCUUCGCAGCCGAGCAGCGCCCUCGACGCCGAGCUGCCCGCGGCGGACGCGGUGUCGCACGUCUUCUUCACGUCGGGCAGCACUGGGCGGCCCAAGGGUUGCGUGUGCACUCACGGCAAUCUGGCCGCGUACUGCGAGGCUAAGAACUCGGUGUUCUCGGUGGACUCGAGCAGCAUAGUCUUCGUUGCGAGCGCGCACACGUUCGACCCCUCGUUCGGCGACUUCUUCGCCACGUGGGCCGCGGGGGGCUGCGUCGCGUUGGCGCCGCGCGCCGCGAUCGGCUCAGCUCUUGGCCAGUGCCUGCGGGAGUCUGGGGCGACGCACCUCCUGGCCACCCCGGCGCUGUUCGGCACGCUGGAGGUGGCUGGCGUGGGCCCGCGAGACGUCCCGGCGCUCGGCGUGGUGGCGCUCGGGGGCGAGCUGAUGUCGCAGCGCGUGGUGGACGCGUGGUCUGGCGGCGGCAGCGGCGCCUCGGGCGUCCGGCUGCUCAACGUCUACGGCGUCACGGAGUGCACGGUCUACCAGGCCUCCGCCCCGCUGUCGCCGGGGUCCUCGCCGCGGCUCCUGCGGGCGGCGUUCCCGGGCACGGAGCUGCUCCUGGCCUCCGGGGACGGAGCGGACCCCGAUCGGCGCGUGGAGGGCCCGGGCGGCGGCCACGGAGAGCUCUGGAUCGCCGGCCCCCAGGUCGGCGCGGGGUACCUCGCGCGCCCGGAGCUCACGCGGGCGAGGUUCCUGGAGCGGCCGGGCCAGGGCCGGCGCUUCCGCACGGGGGACAUCGCCGCCGCCGUGCCCGGAGGCGGCUGGUCGCUCGUGGGCCGCCGCGACGGCAUGGUGAAGUUGCGCGGCAACCGCGUGGAGCUGGGGGAGAUCGAGGAGGUGCUCAUGGGUGCCCUGCCGGACCUCCUGCACGCCUGCGCCGUCGCCCUGUCGCCCGGGCCGCGGCUGGUCGCGUGGUGCGUCCCGCGGCGCGGCGCGGGGCUCGAGAGGGCCGCGGACGCGAGGGACGACCUGCUGUGCGAGCUGAUGAGGCUGUCGUGCGAGGAGCGCCUGCCGCGGCACAUGGUCCCCGCGGCCUUCGCGCUCACAGCGUCCCUGCCGACCACGGGGACCGGCAAGGUGUCCCGGCGGGAGCUCGCGGCGCGGCAGCUGCCGGAGGCGGGCGACGGCGCGCUCGCGCCGCGCCGCACGCUGACGGCCGCGGAGCGCCUCGUCGCGGACGCGUGGGCGGAGGUGCUGGGCGCCCCGGUGCGCAGCGCCGGCGCGCACUUCCACGCGCUCGGGGGCGACUCCCUGGCCGCGCUGCGGGUCUGCCGCAGGCUUGCCGCCGCGCUGGCGCCCUCGGCGAAGGUGACCGAGGGCGCGGAGGAGGCCGCCGAGGGCGGCGCCUUCGGCGAACUGCUGCCAGAGCCACUGCUCCCCGCGGCGCUGCUGCGGCAGCCGCGGCUGGCGCCCUACGCCCGCGGGCUCCAGGCGGCCUACCCGGGCCAGCUGGCGGAGGAAGCGCGGCCGCCCGCCGGCGAGGGCGAGGGCGGGGGCGAGCAGGAGGAGGACGAGGAGGCGCUGGAGGGCGGGUUCGCGGACGGCCUGGCGGCCGUGCUGCAACAGGCCCCGGGGGGCG